AUGGCUUUUCAACAAGUUAAAAAUACCUUUCUACGGUCAUUUAUAAAAGGAGUUUCUUCAACACAAAGAUGUAAUUCUUCCAGUGGACUUUUUUUUGGUCUUAGUGAAGAACAGAAGGAGUUUCAGGAAUUGGCUAGAAAAUUUACAAAAGAAGAAAUAAUACCUGUUGCAGCUGAACAUGAUAAAACUGGAAAAUACCCCUGGGAAAUUGUUAAAAAAGCCCAUUCACUGGGCCUUAUGAAUGGAGGAGUGGAACCUGAGUUUGGUGGCAUUGGUCUUGGCAUCCUUGAAGGAUGUAUAGUUGCUGAAGAACUGGGCUAUGGCUGUACUGGAAUUAUGACUGCACUCGAAGCAAAUAGCUUGGGGCAAACACCGGUAAUCAUUGCGGGAAAUAAAGAACAAAAGAAAAAAUAUUUGGGAAGAUUAAUAGAAGAACCACUUGUGGCCGCUUAUUGUGUGACAGAACCUGGUGCUGGAUCCGAUGUUAAUGGCGUUAAAACAAAAGCUGAAAAGAAAGGUGAUGACUGGAUAAUUAAUGGACAAAAAAUGUGGAUUACAAAUGGCGGUGUAGCAAAUUGGUAUUUUGUAUUGGCAAGAACCAAUCCUGAUCCAAAGGCACCAGCGAGCAAAGCCUUUACUGGAUUUAUUGUGGAAAGAGACACCCCUGGGCUUACACCUGGAAGAAAAGAAAUAAAUAUGGGUCAAAGAGCUUCUGACACAAGAGGAAUUACAUUUGAAGAUGUUAAAGUUCCCAAAGAAAAUGUUUUAAUUGGUGAAGGACAGGGUUUUAAAAUUGCCAUGGGAACUUUUGAUAAGACAAGACCAGCAGUUGCUGCAGGAGCCGUUGGAUUAGCUCAGAGAUGUUUGGAUGAAGCUACAAAAUAUUCUUUAGAACGUAAGACCUUCGGAGUUCCAAUAUGUAGUCAUCAAAGUAUAGCAUUCAUGCUUGCCGAUAUGGCAGUAUCCGUCGAAACUGCCCGUUUAGCUAUGUUAAAGUCGGCUUGGCAAAGAGACCAUGGGGAAAGAAACUCUUUGUCAGCUGCUAUUGCUAAAUGCUAUGCUGCCGAUAUAGCUAACAAAUGCGCUACUGAUGCAGUACAAAUAUUUGGCGGAAAUGGAUUUAACAGUGAAUAUCCCGUAGAAAAAUUGAUGAGAGAUGCUAAAAUUUAUCAAAUUUAUGAGGGUACAUCUCAAAUUCAAAGAUUAAUUAUUUCAAGAAAUAUUUUAGAAAAUGCCAAACAAAAUAUGUAA